AAUAGUUUCUCUUUUCUAGUAUUUUUCAACGAGUUCUAGCACACGUACAAGGCUGAUUCAUUUCAUUAAGAGUGUGAUUACCUGUACGUUCAAGGCUGUUCUUAUUGAAGACUCCAAUCUUCUUUCAAGAUUUUCUCUUAGAUUCAAAGCCCACCAUAUAUAGGAGUUGAAUUUGCUUGCCGGAAUAUAAAGGUUGGUGAUCGACACUGCAGGGCAAGAAAGAAUAAUAGACUAAAUUAUACAAAGAUCGAGUAGCAGGACACACACAUAAGGCCGCAAGCGAUGGCUUUCUUGCAACAACUGGUGGCUGGGGCCAUAAUAUUAGCAGGAAUAGCAGCAUCAGAACCCAAUCCAAGCUGCAUCAGAACAUGUGGAUCGCUUGAUAUCCCCUACCCAUUUGGAACAAGCGAGGGCUGUUACCUUGAUCCAUCUUUUCUCAUCACUUGUAACAACUCAACCCCGUUACUGAGCCCUGGUAAUAUUAUAAAGGUCAUCAACAUAUCAUGGGAUGGUGAGCUGCGAGUCUCAAACUCAAUAGACCGUUAUUGCCCCGGGAACUCCAGCAGCGAUAUGGCUUCCGAGCCCACAGUGUUAAACUUUCCCGUCUCACAUACGAAGAACAAGCUGACUGCAGUCGGUUGUGACACUUUCGGGUUUAUUAACGCUACAGAGGCACAGAAGAAAUACUCCGUUGGAUGCUUGUCGCUCUGUGACAGUAUUGACAGUGUUGUUAACGGGUCCUGCGAGGGAAUUGGCUGUUGCCAGACUUCUAUCCCAAAAGGAAUGACUAGUUUUGCUUUUACUGCUGGGAGCUUGAGCUAUCCCUCCACAGUAGACAACUUCAAUCCAUGUAGUUUCGCUUUUGUAGUAGAAGAAAAAGCAUACAACUUCUCCUCCUUGGAUCUUGUAAACUUACAGAAUAGACAGACUGUUCCUAUGGUGCUUGAUUGGGCAGUUGGGAAUGAGACAUGCCGAGAUGCUAAGAAAAAUUCGACAACCUAUGCAUGUAAGGCAGCGAAUAGCGAAUGUUACGAUUCCACCAACAGUCCUGGUUAUCUUUGCAAAUGCCACUCAGGUUAUGAAGGGAACCCAUACCUCUUUGAUGGUUGCAAAGAUAUUAAUGAGUGCGAAGAAAAUCCAAACGUCUGCGGCAAUGAAAGAAAAUGCACCAACACUCCGGGGCGUUUCAAAUGUGAUUGUCCCAAGGGGAAGUCCAAAGAAGACGAUUGCCGUAGUAAAGUCGGCUCUUCUCAAAAAAGCCUUAUUGCAAUGGGUAUUACCAUAAGCCUCUUAGGCCUGCUUGUGGGAGGUUCUUGGAUAAAUUUAGGGCUUAAAAGAAGAAAGCUCAUCAAGCUUAAGAAGAAAUUAUUCCAACAAAAUGGUGGCUUAAUGUUACAAAAACAACUCUCGAAUCGCAAUUGGACGGUAGAGACAGCAAAAAUUUUUAGUGCAGAAGAGCUUAAACGAGCUACUAACAGCUACGACGAGAGUAGGGUCCUCGGCAAAGGAGCCAAUGGAACUGUUUACAAAGGAGUAUUAUCAUGUAACAAAGUGGUUGCAAUCAAGAAGUCCAGAAUUUGUGAUCAUAGCCAGAUUAAGCAAUUCAUAAACGAGGUGUUUGUGCUUACCCAAAUCAACCAUAGGAAUGUCGUUAAGCUAUUAGGUUGCUGUCUUGAAACAGAAGUGCCCUUGCUAGUUUAUGAAUUCAUCACAAACGGGACUCUUUUUGACCACAUUCAUGAUAAAAGCCGCUCAUCCUCACUUUCAUGGAAAAUGCGUCUAAAGAUAGCAACAGAAACUGCAGCAGCCCUUGCUUACUUACAUUCUGAAACUUCUAUACCAAUUUUUCACAGAGAUGUGAAAACUACAAAUAUACUUUUAGAUGAUAACUACACAGCAAAAGUGGCCGACUUUGGAGCUUCCAGACUGAUUUCUCUUGAUCAAACACAAGUAACCACUUUGGUGCAAGGAACUUUCGGGUACUUGGACCCGGAGUACCUGCAUACUGGCCAACUUACAGAAAAAAGUGACGUCUACAGCUUUGGUGUUGUUGUGGCAGAGCUAUUGACAGGUAAGAAGGCAGUUUUUUUUGAUAGUACGGGACGUGAUAGAAAUCUUGCUAUGUACUUUGUUUCUACAGUGAAAGAGGAUCGCCUACUACAAAUUCUUGAAAAUCACAUUAUAAAUGAGGGUAAUAUUGGGGAACUAAAGGAAGUGGCUAAUCUUGUAAAAAUGUGCUUAAGUGUAAGAGGGGAGGAUAGGCCCUCUAUGAAGGAAGUGGAGAUGGAGCUUGGGGCUUUGAGAAUUAUGGAAAAGCAUCCAAUGGGAAAGGAGAAGCUCGACACAGAAGAGACAGAGUGCUUUCUCCCUGCAUCUGCACGCUCUUUUAGCUUUGACAUCGAUCGUGCUGGCUAUUCUUCUACCAAGUCAAUUGCCGAGUUUGAUAGCAUCAGAAACCAUCCAUUGAAAUCACUGGGUGGUGGCAGAUAAUAAGUUUCCAUCUCCAUGCCAUACAAUCAUCAUGCAUGGCUCAUGAUUGUCUGAGAAAGUCAGCUAAACAAUGUUGUAAAAAAAAUUUAAAAAUCAAUAAUAAAUUUGCGUAUAUGUUUUGGGUUUUA